UGUCAAAUAAUGGCAAAUAGGGUUCUAACCAGAACCAUUCUCACUCGCUUCACCAUCAGUUGGAUCCCCAGACCAAACCCAUCUCUAUCUAACCCAAAGUUCCAAUCUUUCUCAUCAAACCCCAAAUGUUCCCGGCAAGUUUCCAACCUACUCCAAAGGUACGGCUUUCCAUCUUCUAUGGUUCACAGUUUCAUAUCAAAGAAUCAAUUUUUAGUUAACUCAGACUUACUAGAGUUAGAGAAGUCCCUGGCUAUUCUUUUAUCCUUCAAAAUUGAUAAGAGUUCCCUUGUUUCAUUGAUAUGUGAUUGCCCUGGAGUUUUGGAUUUUGAGUUUCUUAAGAAAUGGGAAAUGGGUUUCUCAGAUUUGGGGCUUUUGGGUGCUUCCCCAUUGAUGUUCAAGUGUGUUUUGGAGCAAUCUAAGAGGUUUCAGAUUGACCCAGAUGGUGUUUUUGAGAUUGUGGAGGCUUUGAGGGGUUUAGGGUUUAAGGAGGGUACUGUGUAUAAGGUUUUAGAGGGGUUUCCUGGAGUGAUUUUGAUGAAUGAGAGGGAGAUUAUUAAGAGGGUUGAGUUCUUGUUGGGAUUUGGUAUCUCAAUGAAUGGAAUUGAUCGAGUUCUUUGUUGUUUUCCAGGGGUUUUAGGAUUUGGGGUUGAAGAUAGGUUAGAGCCAUUGCUUUGUGAGUUUAAAGAUUUGGGCUUUAGUAAGCAUGUGAUUAGGAGAGAGAUUUUUAAAGAGCCAAGGGUUCUUGGCAUGGAGUUGGGUGAGGUAUCCCGGUGUUUGGAAUGGUUGAGGACUUUGAAAUGUAGGGAAGCUAUCAAGGAGAAGAUAUUCAGUAAUGGAGAAUUUCGAGCUUGCUUUGAAGUGAAACUGAGAGUUGACUGCUUGUGCAAACAUGGGUUGAUACGUAGAGAAGCUUUUGAGGUUUUGUGGAAGGAGCCAAGGUCAAUCAUAUAUAAGGUGGAAGACAAUGAGAGGAAGAUUGAGUUUUUAACACAUAAGAUGAAAUUCAAUAUCCGUUGUUUGGUUGAAGUUCCAGACUACUUGGGUGUGAAUUUUGAGAAGCAAAUCCUUCCUCGGUUCAAUGUGAUAGAGCAUUUGCGAUCAAAAGGUGGGCUUGGUUGCGAAGUGGGGUUAAAAGGUCUGAUCAAGCCUAGUAGGCUUAGAUUCUAUAACCUAUAUGUCAAGCCAUAUCCGGAUUGUGAAAAAAUAUUUGGAAGACUUUCAGGAGAUGAUAAAGUUCGAAGCCAACAACACCCUGCUGGACUAUGGAAACUUUUUAAGCCACCAAGAUAUCCAGAAUCGAAAGAUGAUGUGAAGAACACAAAGUCAUUUAUGGAAUCACUGGGUCACUGAUUGUAUCAGCUUCUUUAUUAUGUGGGACUUCUGCAUCAUGUAAUAUGGAAAUGAGUAGCACAGUUGUUUUAUGUUAUGAAUUCUUCUUUGGGUGCAUGGGGAACCUACUCAUCGGAAUUUGGCAGUUAAUUUCAAUUUGUCUUGGAAUUGCUGAUACAUGAGUAAUUGAUAUCUUUCAAACUAGGUAGGUGGUUUUCCGCUUUUGGCAGAAAGAGUGAACCGGCUUUUGGCAGAAAGAUUGAACGAGGUAUACAAGAAACUGAAGAAAGUGAACUGAAGGGCUGGGAUUCUUAAAUUCUUUUGGUUUUGGAAGCUAGAAGUGAUAUCAAUCGACCCUAUGCUUCAUUUUGGAGCAAGUCUCUGAAUCGGCCACGUUUUCUGAAUAUCAACUGCAUCACCUUGAUCAGAAGUGAUCCCUGACUUGUGUUAAUGAAUAUCAGGGUGCAUGAGGAAACAUGAGAUAUAGAAUAAAGAAGCUAGUGGCAGUGGAGCUGAGAAUCGAAAGGCAUGAUUAGUCAAUUCUCCAAAGAAAACAGGCACAGCUGGUAAUUUGUGUAUUGUGUGAUGUAUGCAACGGU